AUGGUUUUACAUAACGACAAAUGGAAGAGGAAGGCCAAAUGGGCCGUAGAGAAGAAACACAGGGCACAAGGAAAGGGAACACUCAAUAAAUCUGCGGAUUCUGACAAGGCACCGCAUGAUGAAAAUGAUGAAAAUGAUGAAAACGAUGAAAACGAUGGAAGUGAUGAGGAUUAUGAACAUGACGAAGACGAAGAAAAUGCACGAUUUGGGAAUUCAUGGAGGUUUGCUGAUCCUGUAGUUGAUGAGUCGAUUUUGAAAGAUCCGGAAUACCAGGCCCAAAUACAGGCAAAACAAAGAGAGGAGGAGGAGCGUUCUCGAUAUAUGCGUGAAUUGGUGUCUUCAAAAGUACAGGGGAAACCUGAGGAAAACCUGGAAACCAUGAAACAAGUCAAGAGUUUCAAGGAGAUGAGAAAAAAAGGAUUGUCCAAUUUGAAGUUUGGUUCAGAUUCCGAGAGUGGAAGUGAAGAUGAAGAUGGGGAUGGUGAGUCAAACAGUCAAUUGGGAGAACCAAUAGUGAGAGAAUUCACAGACUCCGAAAAGGCCAAAUUUCUAGCAUUGCAAGAGAAAAUUAGACAUCAAAAGGAGGUGGACUUGCUGAAAGCCAAAAUCAAUAAGGUCAACCAUAAAGGGACGGCCAAAGUCUUAGAAAUCCACACUGAAAAGGGUAAAGACAAUUAUCGCCAUUUAGUUGACGCCAAAUUACACCAAAUGACAGAAAACAAGGAUGAUUUGGACGAGCUGGUUGGCCAAAUGUUGGGCAUUGAUUUGAAAAAUGCAAAGGUUGAUGAAACCCCGCAUGAAGGCACUUUUGAUUUGGAUAACGUGAUAGGGAAUGUACCCUCCAAUGUGACACGGCAUCCAUCACGAUCAAAGGGUACAGUAGUGCCAGUGAAACUUGAAGAAGCAGACGAAGACUUUCUAGACUCACUGAUCUAG